AUGGAAUACACAGAGUUCGUCUUGUCAGACGAGUUUGCAGUCAAUUUCUCGUCUGAAAUACUAGAAGAUACUUCUUCAGAUACUACAAGAGUAAUCUUAGCUGGAGAGGAGCGGGUUAGAUCAUAUCUUGCUCCGUACGGAGCCGAGUCUGAAGAAAUAAAUUUUGUUUGUAACCAUCUUGAGCACAUUUCCUUCUUUUGGAGCUAUCAUGGAGGAAAGAAAACACUAAUCGCUGCUUGUAAAGAUCAGAAAGAUUUAUACCUGAGAAACCUCGGCGUUCAGGUCGUUGAUCAACUCCUAAUGCUAAAAACUAAGCAAGUGGAUAUCUUUGUUGAUAAAGAUAUCAUAGUCGAGAAGGCAAAGCACUUCAUUCAAAGUGCAUUAUUAUGGAACUACAAAUUUGAGAUGAAAACUCGUGGUAAAACACAUCUUCUCUCAGAAUUUAAUUUCAAAUUCGAAAGACCUCUUACAAAUGAAGAUCUACCGGAACUAGAUUUCUACAAAACAGCUGUCUUUUCGACUCUAAUGGUGAGAGAUAUGAUAAAUACUAGAGCAAAUGUGGCGACUCCAGAAUAUAUGGAGAAGAUUAUUAGACAUAUCUCUUCAUCUACUGAUAAAAUUCCCUCUUUCAAUGUGAUCCAAGGGAAAGAACUUGAGGAGCAAGGUCUCGAAAUCUUCUAUAGUGUAGGCAAGGGAGCAGCCAUUGACCCAAGACUUGUUCAUUUUGUAUACAAAGGUAACCCAGAUUCUGAAGAUAUUGAAUACGCUAUUGUCGGCAAAGGAAUUACAUUCGAUGCUGGAGGUCUUAAUAUUAAAUUAAAACCUGAAGAUAUGUACUGUGACAAGACAGGGGCAUGCACUACUGCUGGAAUUUUGAAAGGAGUUAUUGAACUUGAACUCAAGAUAAAUAUCUGUUUUGCGUUUGCAAUAGCUGAAAAUUCAGUUGAUGCAAACUCAUACAGACCAUCUGAUAUCUAUAAAAGCUAUAAAGGAUUGACUGUAGAAAUUGCCAAUACUGAUUCUGAAGGAAGAUUAGUUUUGAUAGACACUUUCAGCUAUAUCCAGGAGCAAUAUAAUCCAAAGAGAAUCAUUGAUCUGGCAACCUUGACUGGAACCACCAUGAUAGCUCUCGGUGAUAAAGCCAAUGGAUUAUUCACAAAUGAUGAAGAAUUUGCCAAAGCGUACAUUACAAGAGGAAAAGAAAUGCAUGAAAAUUCAUGGAUCCUACCAAUAUUUGAGGAGCAUAAACAAGAUAUGAUCAGUGAUGUUUCUGAUCUAAUGAACAGAGGACCUGACACAAAAGGACACUCAAGUAGGGCUGCUGCAUUUAUGCUCAACUUCAUCAACGAGGGGACAUCUUGGCUUCAUGUUGACUAUUACGGUCCAGCUCACUUAAAAUCUGCCAAUCCUCCUCACCCAAAAUAUGCUACCGGAUUUAACACUCAGACAGUCCUGAAUUUGCUAAGAAAGCAUGAAUAG